AUGAGUGUUAGUGUCAGCUAUGAUGUUACGGAGUAUGUGGAGGCUUUGAAGGGGCAUAAUAACUUGCUUUUCAAGGAUGAGAAGCAGCAGGCACGGUUUGAGUUAGGUGUGUCGAUGAUGAUUUAUAAGUGGGAUGCUCUGGAUAUUGCAGUUGUGAAUGGGUGGGGGGGUGCUGACUCGGCUGACAAGAGGGAUUGGGUGACUUCCAUUGUUGUUGGAUUAUUCAAGUCUGAAAAAAUUGUGGACGUGGCGUUGAUCGAGGAGACAUUGUUGUAUGCUAUGGCCGAUGAGUUUGAUACUACUGUGGAGGAUGACUCUGCAUUGCCUAUUGCUGCGGGUAUACUAGCGUUGUAUAAGCAAUGCGAUGCUUUGGAUUACUCAGAGGUUGAAAGGUUGUACUCUGAGUGGCAAGCCAAGGGGAUGAGGGGUAAGCACAGUAGGAAGGUCGAUAUACAAGAAGAUCCUUUGAAUCCGGAUGUAUCUGAUUCAGAAGAAUGCGUUGACUCGGAUUCGGACGUGGUCAUGGAAUGUGAGGAUGACCAUGAUAAGGAGCAAAAGGACGAAGAGGGACAAUCCAAGCCGGUGAUCGAUGAGGACGGUUUUGAAUUGGUUCAGAGUGGCAAGAGGAGAUAUUGA